UUCUCCUCCUCCUCCUCCUCCUCCUCCUCUCCUUUGCAGGAUGGCACCGGUCGGGUCCUUUUGGGGGUGAAUCCCUGUGCCUCCUGCCAAGCCACCGUGGCGUCUCUCCUCCGCGCCGGAGACCCUCCCGAAAAGCUCGCCCCCCGCGGGAUGCGAGCGCUGGGGGAGAUGAUGCGUCCUGGCCCGGUCCCCGCCGCCGGCCCCGUGGCUCCCGGCCGGCGGCCGAGCUGAACGGGAGAAGCCAGCGGGGGUCCCCCCCCCGGCUCCGGCCGCCGUGUUGCGGCACAGCACUGCGGUACUCCCCCGGCCCGUCUCCGACCUCCAGAUCCGGCUCCGGCUCCGAUAGAUCCUUUGUCUUUAUUCCCGAGGCAUAACGCUGUUUGCCGACCGGAAGAAGAUGUUUCUCUGGCUCUUUCUGGUUUUGUCUACCCCUGUUUCUUCCCGGGCAAGCGCGGAUUCUGACAUGUCGGUGGAAAUCUGCAACGUGUGCUCCUGCGUGUCGGUUGAGAACGUGCUGUACGUCAACUGCGAGAAGGUUUCGGUCUUCAGGCCGAACCAGCUGAAGCCUCCCUGGUCGAAUUUUUACCACCUCAACUUUCAAAACAACUUACUAAUCAUCCUCUACCCAAACACGUUUCUGAAUUUUUCACACGCAGUGUCCCUGCAGCUGGGGAAUAAUAAAUUGCAGAACAUUGAGGGAGGAGCCUUCCUGGGGCUCAGCGCGCUGAAGCAGUUGCACUUGAACAACAAUGAAUUAAAGAUUCUCCGAGCUGACACUUUCCUUGGCAUAGAGAACUUGGAGUAUCUCCAGGCUGACUACAAUUUAAUCAAGUAUAUCGAACGGGGAGCCUUCAAUAAGCUCCACAAACUGAAAGUUCUCAUUCUCAAUGACAAUCUGAUUUCAUUCCUUCCCGACAACAUCUUUCGAUUCGCUUCCUUGACCCACCUGGAUAUCCGAGGGAACAGAAUUCAGAAGCUGCCGUACAUCGGCGUCCUGGAGCACAUCGGACGCGUGGUUGAGUUGCAGCUGGAAGACAACCCAUGGAAUUGUACCUGUGAUCUGUUGCCUCUCAAAGCCUGGCUGGAGAACAUGCCCUAUAACAUCUACAUCGGAGAAGCUAUCUGUGAAACUCCCAGCGACUUGUACGGCAGGCUUCUGAAAGAGACCAACAAACAAGAACUGUGCUCCAUGGGAACCGGGAGCGAUUUCGACGUACGGAUUCUGCCGCCCUCGCAGCUGGAGGGUGGCUACGCGACCCCCGGCGACCGCGCCACGCAAACGUCGCCGCACCGACUGGUGACCAAGGCGCCGAAGACCACUAAUCCCUCCAAGAUCUCGGGAAUAGUAGCGGGCAAGGCCCUGUCGAGCCGUAAUCUCAGUCAGAUCGUGUCUUAUCAGACCAGGGUACCUCCGCUGAUGCCUUGCCCGGUCCCCUGCUUUUGCAAAACGCACCCUUCCGACUUGGGAUUAAGCGUCAACUGCCAAGAGAAGAACAUACGGUCCAUGGCCGAGCUGGUCCCCAGACCUCUAAACGCCAAGAAGCUGCACGUGAAUGGCAAUGGCAUUAGAGACGUGGCCACGUCAGACUUCAGUGAGUUCGAGGGGCUGGAUUUACUGCAUUUAGGCAGCAAUCAGAUCACGGCCAUCAGAGGAGAGGUGUUCCACAACCUCACCAAUUUACGGCGGCUCUAUCUCAACGGCAAUCAGAUAGAACGGCUGAGCCCCGAGAUGUUUACGGGCCUUCACAAUCUUCAGUAUCUGUAUUUGGAAUACAAUAUGAUCAAGGAGAUUUUAGCCGGCACCUUCGACCUGAUGCCCAAUCUGCAGUUGCUGUACCUGAACAACAAUCUGCUGAGGAGUCUGCCGGCUUACGUUUUCGCCGGCGCGCCCCUCGCGCGCCUGAACCUGAGGAACAACAAGUUCAUGUAUUUACCCGUGAGCGGCGUGCUCGAUCAGCUCCGGUCCCUCUCCCAGAUUGACCUGGAAGGCAAUCCGUGGGACUGCACCUGCGACCUGGUGGCCCUGAAGCUGUGGCUGGAGAAGCUGAACGACGGGAUCGUCGUCAAGGAGUUGAGGUGCGAGACGCCCGUGCAGUUUGCUAACGUGGAACUGAAGUCCCUCAAGAAUGAAAUCCUGUGUCCCAAGCUGUUGAACAGGCCGCCCGCUCAGUUCACUAGCCCGGCGCCCGCCCUCUCCCUGACGACGCCCCUGGGGCCCAUCAGAAGUCCGCCGGGCGGCCCGGUCCCCCUGUCGAUUUUGAUCUUGAGCAUCCUCGUCGUCCUGAUCCUGACGGUCUUCGUCGCCUUCUGCCUGCUCGUCUUCGUGCUGCGGCGCAACAAGAAACCCGCCGUGAAGCACGAAGGGCUGGGGAACCAAGAAUGCAGCUCCAUGCAGCUGCAGCUCAGGAAGCCCGAUCUCAAAGCCGGCAAGAAGGAUGCGCUGGCGGCGGAAGCGUUCGUCCCUCAGACCAUUGAACAGAUGAGUAAGAGUCACACCUGUGGCUUGAAAGAGUCAGAGGCCGGUUUCACCUUCUCGGAUCCUCCGGGGCAGAAGGUCCUUCUGCGAAACGUCUCGGAGAAGGAGAAGGAUCUGCUGCACGGGGAUCCGAGGAAAAGACUGAGCACGAUCGAUGAACUGGAUGAACUGUUCCCCGGCAGGGAUUCGAAUGUAUUUAUUCAGAACUUUCUGGAAAGUAAAAAGGAGUACAACAGUAUAGGGGUCAGUGGCUUUGAGAUCCGUUACCCGGAAAAGCAGCAAGACAAAAAAACCAAGAAAUCACUCAUAGGGGGUAAUCACAGUAAGAUCGUCGUAGAGCAGAGAAAAAGUGAAUAUUUUGAACUAAAAGCCAAACUUCAGGGUACUCCUGACUACCUACAAGUCCUUGAAGAGCAAACAGCUUUGAACAAAAUAUAGGUCAUGCAAUCUCAUUUCAUACAGAGGACAUUUAUUUAAUGAUGAAAGUGCCUUUUGUUGACUCCUCACUUCCAAAUACUAUAUCGAUGCUAGGCAGAGAGGCAGGUUUUCCGGGGGUGUUUCGUCAAGCGUGGCCGCGGAUGAUUUCGCAGAGCGGAGGGAAGUUUCCUUAACAGACUUACCGCGGAAAACCCAGGCCCUGUGGAAUCCUGUGCGGAUGCUACAAACUCUGUCGCCAAAGGGAUGCUUUAUACCACAUGAUACGUUGAAUUUAACCUCAAGAGGCAUACGCGUUUUGUACCCUGACGCGAAACCGGCGUCUCCUUGUGAUUUCUUAAGCGGACGCAAGAAAACUGGUACCGAGUUCUUGUACCUCGGCUGGGUCCUUCAUCCUGCACGUGGAUUAAGUUGGUGGAACUGGAGUAGUCCUUUGAUUUUGUGGCAUUGUAACAACUCUGUUUAAAGAUUAUCUGAAAAGUUGAAAAAACAAAAAAACAGAAAACAACAACAACAACAACAGAAACAGCAUGCAAAGAGAGAACAUUCGAUAGUAUUUGUAAAUCGGUAACAUUUACGGCCUGCAUCUUGAAACCACGGGAUUUAUAAUGUUAAAUUGUGCAAAUAUUUGUUUAACACAGACCAUGGAUUACGUACCUACGAAAUACAUUUGACCUCUUUAAGCAUACCUGUCUAUACAUAAACACUUAAAAGGAAAAAAAAAAAAAGUUCGACCUGAGUUUUACGGCAUUUGUGGUGAGCUGAAGAAUUACUCGAUGUUUAUGCAGAAUUAAAUAUGAAUCCAACUAAACUAAGACUAGAGUUUGUUCUCAGUUACGCGAAAUAUCCACAAUCCUAAAAGGUUGUCCAAAAUCUUCUAGUGCUUGCUGUGUGAGCGUACCAGAAACUAUUUUUGUAAUAUAAUUCAUAUUUAUGAAAUACUUUGUAUACUAAAUACAAACCUAUGUACUCCUUAUCAUGUAUUUAAUAUGCCUGACGUUUUCCUGAUCACGGUGCAUUAAUCAUUAAAUAUCAAUUAAAACUGAAAGAUAUACCAAACAGAAAGUGAUGAUGAAGUGUAUAGAAUUAUUUUGGAUUAUGUGAUCGGGUAUAAUGAAAAAAAAAAAAAAAGUUGUUCUGUGCUCUCGUGAAACUUAGCAUAUUAUCUUAUUUCGGAUUUGUUCCCGACUGUGCAUUUUAAAAUAGAUUCAUUAGUUUUAUAGUAUGGUGUCUCGGGCAGUUGUUAUUUGCCAUCUGUUGUCUUGCUUUUCAGGAUUCUACAGCUUAAUCUGAAUAGUUUUCACUUAAAAGUAUUUACAAAAAGUUAAUGAGUAAGGUUAAUAGUUCAAUUUCAAUAUGCGUCAGUAUCCUGUUCUUUCAUCUCUCUGAUCAUUAUCAGAUACUCAAACAGAACAGUAAGCAUCAUGGCAAUCUCUGCUGUUAAAGUCACACUGUAAAACACGUUUAUUGGUUUCGGCGCAAUUUGCACCAUUUUAUAGUCCAAACCACCAAAUAUCGCAGUGCUGCUUAGGGUAAUAUUAAGUUGUUAACAAAAAUUGGUCAAGAGAAUGGAAAUAGCCAAUGGAAAUGUUAUCACACUGUAAGUGGGUAGAGUCUCAAAUAAGUAGUUGCUCUAUACUGGAUAAAUACCACGGAAAAACCUGUACUUCUCUCGAACUGCCCCCGGACCUUCUUCUUCUUUUUUUUUUUUUUUUCAAAUCUUCCCGUUUUUGUAACUGAGUCUUUCAUCAAUCGGAGUUUUAACAAAAGUAAACAUAGAGUUUCUUCUUGAAUUUUUGGUAUCCAAUAUAGUUUUAGUAAUGGCUUUGCGGUCUGCUCUAACUGCAGUUCAGUCAUGAUACCUCAUUUUCAGGUUUUGCAGAUGUUCCCUGGGACUAGAUCCUAGCAAAAGUCUGAAUUAUUUUUAAUGACUGAUUCUUUUUUUAAUUUUUUGGAGGGAGAACCCAAAGUACAGAUGAACCCUUUUAACUCAUCUGUCCGGACUCUCACAGAUGUCGGUUUUCCUCAUCACCAGGACGGUGAGAACUUUAUUCACCUGUCAGGAAAUUCCUUAGCCGUGUUUCCGAUACCGAAAAAGACAUCCUUAGUCGUAUGCAUGCGUAGUUCCUUAUUUUUAGCAAAAAAAAACUCAUGAGGAUUUUUUUAAUACGUCAUUACUAUGUAUGCACGAGUCCCCGGAUUAGAGGGUCCCUGAGAGAAUAUUGACCUGAUAAGAUGCAGAGACUCUCAAGACAGUACUUAGGUUUAUCCUUGUCAUCGGUGUAUAGAUCGAGGAAUCUUUAGAAGGAUCUGAUGCGAUGGACUGUAAUGACUCCAUCAGCGAGCUGGGUCACUGGGUCACCCGACCACGCUUUUCAGUAAGGAGAUGCUCUGGGGAUGUUUUGGGGGAUUGCCAUUGGGAACGUACCUGACACACUCUGAAAGGUCUCUGUUGCGUUACUGGGAUGUGUCUCGUGCCUUUCUGUCGGUAGAGAGAAAAUUUUGAUUUCCUACAAAGUCUAUUAAAUGAAAACGUCUGUGUGUGUGUGUGUGUGUGUGUGUGUGUGUUUUAACCUACCAAUUGAAACGGAGUGACGAUUGGUAAGCUUGACCCACCAUCCUUAACCAAAUUCAUUGUGCCUCUAUUUGACAGCGUAUGCUCUGUAUUGCACAGAUCUCUCUGACUUUACUCGCGUAAUGUUUAGCGAUAAUGUACCCAGGCAUAAUAGGUUUUCGUUGAAUGCAGAAGCAGUUGGAAUACUGUAUGUAUGUCCAUGUCAUGUUGGUUUAAAUUACAACCUUGAUGUCAGUUUAGCCCCUCGAGGGGCAAAUGUUUAUGUUGGGUUGCACUUUUAAUAGAACUUUUGUUCAAACCUAGGAAAGUCAAGAAAUGCAACUUUUCUAUAUGGCGACACAAAAGUGUGCUACUUGGCAUAAUAUCCAGUUGAAUGGACGCUACUGAACUCGUUGCGAAGCGAAUUAGAUAAUACAAAAGCAAUGAAGGUUUAGGAUAAUAUAUUGUGUUCCUGUACUAUAAAACAAGUUUUAAAUUAUUUUUUUAUGAAAUCAAUAAAGAUUAAUCAUUUCUUUAAAAUAA